AUGGCUAGGCGCUCGUGGCGCUCCUGGCGCUCCUGGCUGCAGCUCCUCGUGCUCGGGCUCGGGCUGGCGCUCCUACGUGCCGCAUCCGGGGAGAGGGCGCCAGGCACCGCCCCCUGCUCUCACGGCAGCGCUUGGAGCACGGACCUGGACAAGUGCAUGGACUGCGCGUCGUGCCCGGCGCGACCGCACAGUGACUUCUGCCUGGGCUGCGCAGCGGCACCUCCCUCCACCUGGCGGCUGCUCUGGCCCAUCCUGGGGGGCGUCCUGAGCCUGGUUCUCGUGCUGGGGCUGGUUUCUGCCUUCCUGGUCUGGAGAAGGUGCCGCAGGAAAGAGAAGUUUACUACCCCCAUAGAGGAGACCGGUGGAGAGGGCUGUCCCGCCGUGGUGGCUCUGAUCCAGUGACCGAGGGCCGUCUGCUGCCAGCAGGGCCACACCCAUUCAUUCAUUCGUUCCUUCUCGAACCAUCCCCUGCCACUCACACAGGCUCCUCCAGCUCUGGGAGUGGGGCACCGGCGAGGCGCGUGGAUCACUUCAGCCUGCCAGGGUUCAGAGCUUUCCCAGGGGUCCGAGGGUCCGUCUCUGGCUCCAGGACCCGCACAGAAACAGCUGACACUGACUAGGAAACUGCAGUAUUUGCACGAGGGUUCCCCCCCACCACGCCCACUGAUUCCUGGGGGCCAGACUGACCCUCCCCCCAAG